UGCCGUCUCAUCUUUUUCUACUGGUUCAAGAAAGAUUACUACAAGUUCUUAUUGUGGGACUCUUUUCCCUUCUUGGAAGACGAUUCACAGUUGUGCUUCACAUUUGCAUGAGCUUGUCAUCAAGAGGUAGAACAAGCUGAACCUCUACUCACCCUAUCAUUUCUGCUGCGCCUCUCAAUCUCUCAUUAAACAGAUCAUGUUGAUCUCUUCUUCAUCAUUCUAAUAAGUGGCUUAUCAAUCCUGCGCCUGUAAUCAGGUCACCAGCCAGUGUUUCAUUAGCCGGAUCCGGAUUGCAUGAAGCACACUGAUCUAUCAGCUAGCUGCAGAGGAGACAUCAACUGAUCCUGCGUUUUUCUUCUACGCAUACUCCAACAGUCAUUCCAGUACAUGUCCAGAAAUCAAAGCUCGUGACACGUCACACGUGUGGUUGUCGUCCUCUGCGCACACACCAUUCUAUUCUGCACACCGCGUUCCGUUCCCAGAUCGAGCUCGAUCUGCAGACAUGGCAGAAGUCUUAGCUGGAUUUCUCACUUCUGCCGUCGUCAAAAUUGCCAAAGACAAGCUGGCCUCCGCCAUCGCGGAGCAGGCCAAUCUGCUGUGGAACUUCGGCGACGACCUGGAGGAUAUGAACUCUACGCUGGAGUCCAUCUCUGCAGCACUCCAAGACGCCGAGAGGCGGUCGGUCAAGAACAAGUUGGUGCAGCUGUGGCUCAAGCGGCUGAAGAACGCUGCCUUUGACAUCUCGGACUUGCUCGAUGACUACCAAGACACUAGCGACCGAUUGACUUCUGCAAUGAAGCCAAGAGUGCUCUCAUGUCUCCCAGUCACAUGCAAGAAGAUUGCCGUGGCUAAUAGGAUGAAGAGUAUGAGAGAAGAACUGAGGAAAAUCAACAAGAAAUUUCAGGAUUUUAAUUUCUUACAUGGCGCCACUAGCACUUGUGUUACGAAACAAGAUGAUGUUCGUGAAACAGCAUCACGUUUGCCUGAAAAAAAAAUAGUAGGAAGGGAUGGAGAAAAGCAGGAAAUCAUAAACCUCUUAUCCGCAGGUACCAAUAAUGAUGAGACAGUGAUUGUUGCUAUCCAUGGCCUUGGAGGUAUGGGUAAAAGUACUUUAGCACAACUAGUUCACAAUGAUGUCCAAAUCAUCAAGAAGUAUGAUCAUCAUAUAUGGGUUUAUGUGUCCCGGGAUUUCAGUUUAAAGAAAAUCGGAAGCUCUAUAAUUUCCCUAAUACAGAUAGAAGGAGGCCAGCAGAAUAGGGAUACACUGGAACUGAUAAAUCAGUCCCUGGAUAGCCUACUCUGUGGCAAGAAGGUUUUGAUUGUUUUAGAUGACUUAUGGGAGGAAAAUGACACCGAGUUGGAUGGAUUGAGAAGUAUGCUUCAUGUGGGUAGGAAGGGCAGUAUGAUAGAUGUCAUAGUAACCACACGCAAGGAAGACAUUGCAAGGAAAGUUUCCACCAGUAAACCAUACAAGCUGCAGCCUUUGAAGGAUGAUAAAUGCUGGGAAAUAAUUAAGAGAUGUAGUAAGUUUGAAGAGAAAGAAAACCAGGGAAGAUUGAAGAAGAUAGGAUUGGAACUUGCAAAGAAAUGUGGAGGUGUGGCAUUAGCAGCUCAAGCACUUGGAUACAUGCUGCAAUCCAAAGAUCUGCCUGGAUGGGCAGAAAUAAACAACAGUGAUAUCUGGAAUGAAUCUUCUGAAGACAAUGGUGGCGUGCUCCCGUCCUUGAAGCUAAGUUAUGAAAGGAUGCCACCACAGCUCAGGAUAUGCUUUUCUUAUUGUGCCAUAUUCCCAAAAGGACAUAAUAUUACUCAAGAUGAUUUGAUUCACCAAUGGAUUGCUCUCGGCUUUAUAAAGCCAUCGAUCGGGAAGGAAUACAUCAGGCAACUUUUGGGGAUGUCCUUCCUUCAAGUUUCAAAGCUGCCCAAGACUUCGGGAGAUCAUAUGGUGCAGUACACCAUGCAUGACCUGGUGCAUGACCUGGCAACAUUAAUCAUUGGUGAUGAGUUAAUGGUUUCUUCCGUUGCAUCGAAGAGAACGAAUGCACAUAGGCUGAAAUAUUGUCGCUAUGCACUGGUUACCAAAUAUGACCAGGCAACAAAAUUAUCAAGUGUUUUACCCUCGAAGGUGAGGGCACUUCAUUUUUCAGAUAGCAGCAAGCUGGAUCUCUCUUGUGGGGCAUUUUCAUCUGCAAAAUGCUUGCGUAUUUUGGAUUUUAGUCGAUGCUCUAGUAUAAUGUUGCCAGUCUCUAUUGGGCAAGUGAAGCAGCUGCAGUAUCUUACUGCUCCAAGAAUGCAAAAUGAAGUUCUCCCAGAGUAUAUCACUGAGCUAUCAAAACUGCAGUACCUGAACCUGAAUGAAUCUUCUCACAUUUCUGCACUACCAGAAUCAAUAGGCAAGCUCGGGUGUCUGAAAUAUCUAGGUCUAUCAGGUUGUUCUGGCCUCUCAAAACUGCCAGAAUCAUUUGGUGAUUUAAAAUGUCUGAUGCAUCUUGACAUGUCAGGUUGUUCUGGGAUAAGUGGGCUGCCAAACUCACUAGGCAAUCUCACAAAUUUGCAGCAUCUUGAGUUAUCUGGAUGCUCCAGUAUCAAGGCAAUACCUGAAUCUUUGUGUGGCCUCACACAACUCCAGUAUUUGAACUUAUCAUCUUGUCGCCAUCUUGCACAGCUACCGGAAGCUAUUGGCUGCCUCGUCGAUCUACAGUAUUUAAACAUGUCAGGGUGUAGUGGCAUUAGGGAACUCCCACAGUCAUUUAAGAGGCUCUGUAAUUUGUUGCAUCUGGAUUUAAAAGGCUCGUGUUUUGAGAAAGGGUUAGUGGGAGCUCUGUGUGGCCUCACUGCAUUACAAUAUCUGGAUAUGGCCGCACCGCAUUACAAUAUCUGUCUGCACGUGAAAAAUUUGGAGGAGGAUGAUCUACCUGAUGCUAUAAGAAACCUCACCAAUCUCAAGGUUUUGAAUUUAUCAUGGAUUCUAGAUGGACUCUUUAAUGAUGUCGACAGUGAUCUUGAUUUCAUCGGUGCCCUCACCAAUUUGGAGCAUUUGGACCUAUCACACAAUAUUGGACUUUCUUAUCUACCACAAAGUAUUGGUAACCUCAAAAGGCUGCAUACAUUGGAUCUCCAGUAUUGCCGGGGGCUCAGGUCCCUCCCAGAGAGUAUAGGUGGUGCAAUUGGGUUGAAAUCUAUAGGGCUGGACGGGUGCUCAGAUGAAUUGAUGGAUCAGGCCCAUUCUUUGUUGCAUUAUUCACUAACAUUACCACUCUUUAAGGUUCGUGCUGGUGAUGAUGUCAGUGCUCAUAGCAACCUGCAUCUGCUUGAGGGUGAAAAUGUCGGUGAGUUACGCAUAGUUUCCCUUGAAAACGUAAGAUUUCUGGAAGAAGCACGGAGACUUGAGUUGUGGACCAAACAUAAUCUUUGGGCCUUGAAACUGUCUUGGACCUCGCGCGCUGAGCGACAUCUGGAGGAUAAGGAUUUGUUGGGGCAACUGGUGCCACCAAUGAGUCUGAAGUACUUUAUUCUAGAAUAUUAUAGUAGCCCGAGCUUUCCUAGCUGGCUCAUGGACAUUUCUCAUCAUCUCCCGAAUCUUACUUCCAUUGAUAUGUUUCAUCUGCCUGCAUGUAGCAACCUACCACCACUUGGACAGUUGCCGUGCCUGGAAAGCCUGCGUCUCCUGGAUUUACCCAAGGUUGCAAAGAUUGACAGGGGUUUCUUCGGUGGCAAAGGAGCGUUCCCCCGAUUGGCAAGAUUCGCUCUAGAUCGUAUGCAUGGACUGGAGGAGUGGAAUACAACAUUCCCUGGCGAGGAUGGUGUGGAGGAGUUCAUGUUCCCUAUGCUUGAUGACUUAUAUGUAAAUGAAUGUCCGAGGUUGAGGUUGAAACCAUGCCCACCAAAGUGCCGUCGGUGCACAAUACGAGAGAGCGACCAGGUUAUAUCUUCGCUGGAGGAGGUACAAACUAACAGCCGCUGCUGCAACAGAUCUACUCCAACCACCAGCCUGGCCAUUAGACAUAGUCAGCACCAGAGUUGGAGCCUGUUUCACCACUUCCCUGCCCUCCAGGAGUUGGAAUUAUCGAGCUGUCAUAAUCUGAGGAGCUUGCCGGAGGGAAUACAGCAGCUCUCCUGCCUUCAGUCGCUCGAAUUGCGUUGGUGUCACAGCAUAUCAGGACUGCCAGAAUGGCUUAGCGACAUCUCCUCUCUCAAAAGACUCGCCAUCAUGGGCUGUGAGAGCAUUAAGUCUUUGCCUCCAUGUAUACAACAGCUCACCAGCCUCCAGAAAUUAGUUGUUUCUAAUAACGGGGAACUACAGCAGUGGUGCGAGUCAGAAGAAAAUAAGGCGAAGCUCGCACACAUAAACACCAUAAUUUAUGAGUAGCUUAAGUACCAUGAAAAAUGCCACCGGGGUAUAAGGUUAGGGUCACAAACUCACAAUCAGCUGGACUUCCUCAAUGCUUGCGAUAUGGGUUCUAUGGACACUUGAGGCUUCUGUAUUUUCAGUACAAUACAGACAUGGUGAUGAAGGCCUAACUGCAGAAUUGUUCCUCUUGAUGAUCUUAUUUUGGGUUGAGAGGCUCACCAGACACCAGGGGUCUAAUUCAGCACUUGGUAUGUCUGAAGAAGUGUUAGCAACAGUUCUGAUAUACAUGCUUUCACCUAUUCUCCGUCUAAAUUGCUUUUAAUUACAGCUGUAAUGUGCCUGUGAGAUGUUUCUUGGAAGUUGGAAACAAGCUCAAAUCAUGUUGAAUCAAAGGAUCUUCACUAGCAGCUGCAUUUGUCAGAUCUUAGAUGCUAGCAGAGCCUAUACAAAGUUACAAAUUGUAAUGUUAUAGUGUUAUUGUCUACAUUUGCUGCCGGCUCUCAGUGUAAACAACAUGGGAACUCCAUCUGCUUCUGUCAGGCUGUUCGAUUCUUCAAA